GGGUUUUGUUCCCGCAGCUCCUCGGUGCGCUGUCCACUUCAGCACCACAAGCCGAGCUGAGGCAGCGGGCUAGCUAACGCUGAAGAGGAGGCACCGAAGAUAGCGCUCAGCAUCAGCACCAGCCCCAAACCGAGUCACAUAUCUACAAGAUACCGAAAAAUAAUACCGAUAUCCACCAGAAACGCCGACAGCGACGAGGCAGAAGCACGCAGAAAAGAGUUCAGCAAUCAUGUACGAUGCAGCCAGGGUACCAUCUCCUAAGGAUGGUGCAAAUGGGGUGGCUCAACCUGAGGUCCCUGCAGCAGGAGCAGGAACAGCUGUAGGAUCAGGAGGGCCAAUGCCAACUACAGCGCUGCAAACUGAAACCGAGGAUGGACAGCCAGGGACAGAGGAGGAGGAGCAGCCCAAAGCAGAGCCAGUCAUGGUGAAGAAGCCACACAGAGAAAUCUUGGAUCAUGAGAGGAAGAGGAGGGUGGAGCUCAAAUGUAUGGAGCUCCAGGAGAUGAUGGAGGAGCAGGGGUACACAGAGGAAGAAAUUCGACAAAAAGUGAGCACAUUCAGACAAAUGCUGAUGGACAAAGAAGGCGUUAUUACCAGAGAGAGCUCACACACACAACCAGUGGUCAACCACCUCCACCAUCAGCCUGAUGAAUAUGAAGAGGAUCCUGAAGUAGUCGGUUAUGAAGAUGGAGGCUAUGACCAUGACUACCACAGUGACAACAGAGUGAAGAGGAAAUCAAGCAGCUCUCCAUCCCCUCGUCCAAAGAAGAGGAAGAAGAAGAAAUCUGGCCAUCGAAGGAGUCGGUUUGGCAGCUCCUCACCUACUCGCAGAGAGAAGAAGAAAAAGAGUGGGAAGAAACACAAGCGAGACAGAUCUGCAUCUGGCUCCAGGAAAAAGAGACGAUACAGGUCGGGCAGUCCAAAGAACAAACACAAAGACAAGAACAAACAGAAAAAGAGGUCCCCUGGAGAGACCCCCAGCAGGAGUUCACAGCAUCAAGGCAGCUGCUGCAGCUCUCGAAGCGCCUCCCUGUCCUCCACUCGGAGCACCUCCAAAUCUCCUACCAGGCUGAACAAGCACAAGACAGAGGGACAGAAGGCGUCCGGCACCUCGCUGUCUCCAGGCCCCAACAGUCCCACAUCGUGGCACAACGGCGACCACAUCCAGCGGAGCCGCAACGGCAAGGCCGGCAGACUCAACCACCCCGAGGGCGAGAAAGGGAACGAUAAGCUCCGUCUGCUGACUGCUAGCUCUGCAAGCAUCCAGUCCACUCUGCUGAGAGAGCACAAGCUCCACAGCGCCCCCAGCAGGAACCUAGCAGGACAGAUGUGUGCAGCAGGAGAAGCUGGGAGUGUGGACAGCAGGAACACAGCUGUGGGGAGCUCAGCCACCCAGACGUCAGGGAGGAGAGGGGGCCAGAGAGGCCAGAAAAAGAGCUCCCACUCCCCUGCUCGCAGCAGCGGCUCGGCCCACUCCCAGCACAACCACACCCACAGAGGGAGAAACUCUCGUCACCAGAGAAAGACAAAAGGUGGCCACUCUUCCAAGCGUCACCACCGCUCUAGUCGGGCUCAGGCACACCAGCGCAGCCAGUCAGCAUCUCCAGGACGUCACUCCCACACAUCAGGCAGGAAGACUGAGGAGUCUCGGAGCAAAGCCAACCUCCGGCAGCGUAGCAGCUCCUUCAGCAGCGGGCGCUCAUCUUCACGCUCGGCCUCCAGAGACAGAGGCCCCAGCAAGGCCAAGUCCCCACACAACAGACAGAACAACUCCAGAGAGAGGGACAGUCCUAACCGCUCUGACACUGACAGCCGAGCUCGCCGCCGCUCACGUAGCUACUCACCCAUCCGCAAAAGACGAAGAGAUUCACCCAGCUUCAUGGAGGCUCGCCGGAUCACCAGUGCUAGGAAGCGGCCCAUCCCUUACUACCGGCCCAGUCCUUCGUCAUCCAGCUACGACAGCAGCCCGUCGCGGUCCAGCCGUAGCCGUAGUCAUAGCUACAGCAGCUACAGCCGCAGCAGGAGCCACAGCCGGAGUCACAGCAGGAGCCGGAGCCGGAGCUGGAGCCGAAGCCGCAGCCAGAGUCGGAGCUGGAGCCGCGGCAGGAGCCGAUCCCGAAGCCACCACAGCUACUACAGCCACAGCAGCUAUGACAGCCCCGGCUUCUGAACACAAUGGACAGCACAGGAGAGCCAACAAAAGCAAGGAGAGGAGCAGUGCUGUUGAAUUUACAACACUCCAGUUCAGUCAUUAUGUAUCUUUAACAAGCUCUCAACAGUGGCCGCACUGCUAUACAGUACAGGGUCCACACACCUCCAGUCUGGACCGAUACGUCUUUAUCACAGAGCGUGGAUCAAAGAGAAGAAAUGUAUUUUGAUUUAGCACAUUACUAUGAAAUUGGCUGUCACUGUUCAUGUCUUCACAUAUACAAGGUAUUCAAGGAAAUGGUUUCCACUUGUCAAAUAUUAAUUGGCUGAGCCCAAAGAACAAAUCUCGCUGUAUCUUAGCACUUUCUUUCUCAUCUUCCACAAAGCAACCAAAAAUGAAAUCAUUAACAACUAUAUGCUAUAUAAAUAUAUAUGGAAAUAAAUAUGCUAAAAAGAGGGGCUGAGUAGGAGACGUAAAGAAGGGAUACACAUCAGAGGAGAACAGCUUGUACAUUUCAGAGAAUCAGACUUUUUUGCUCCACUUGUCAUGUAUUCUUCCCCCCCAAAGACUUCUGUUUUAUCGAAGCACAGUGAUCAACAACCAAGAGAACAAAAGAGAAGUCGACGAAUGAAUUAGGAAGCAAAUAAGAUAAGGAGCUUUUUUUUGUGAUACAAACUGUAUUGUAUAGGUUGGUCUGUAUAGAUGUAAACUCUCUUGCGUUCUGGCUUUGUAAACUAUGCACUGUAUAUUCCAUUUAGUUUGAGGAGGCUUGUUCAGCAUGAUGCAUCAGAGGAGAUUCACUGCUCGAAGGAAAUGGAGAGUGUCAGGGUGCAUCUCUGGGCCCCUCUGACUUUUACAGUAUGUCAUACACCUGUAUAGAGGUGAAUGGGACUGGGGGGGAGGGGGGGGGGGUAUGUAUUAUGUACUUUUACGCUUUUCCCUGUUUAAAUACUCAUGUUCAUUUAGCUAAUCAUGUGCAUUUGAGUGUGUGUGUGUGUGUGUGUGUGUGUGUGUGCGCGUGCGUGCGUGUUUGUGUGUGCGUGUGCGCACGCGUGUGCAUAUUUACCUCCUCUGCAAGGAUCACUGAGGUCAUUAUUUAUGUGUACUGCACUGUAGCCUUCACCUGUGGCUGCUGUUUGGUACUGUACAGGUAAACUGUCUGCAAAAAGUUUCCAUGCAUAUGUGUGUUGACCUCAACUAUUUAUGAAUUUACUGUAUUUAUUUGUUUAUUUAUUGGGUUAUUUAUUUUUUAGUUUGUUUAACAUUUUUUGCUGCAGAUAAAAAACAUACUGUAUAUGUCCAUGUUUUACACAAAUAUGGCUUAUUGUGGCGAAGGCUUAUUAUCAUGAUCAGAUUAGCGAGCAGUAUCUAAAUUCACUGCUUUGUGUUUAAGAUGCUCUGAUUUUAGCCAGUAGAACUGAGUGUUGACCCACACUUACUUCCAUGACUGUCAUUAUGCAUCCACAGCUGAUUGUAAUGGUUAAUUUUAAGGCCGGCCACUGUGGCUUUUCCUGUAUUGAGGAUUGAGGGAUCAGCUUGGAGCAGAACAUCUCCUUGUGUGGAGAUAAGAGCCUAUCAUUCUGCUCUGCACACUGCAUACUUCACUACCUUGUGUAAUGGUCCAUGUCAUAUUUCAUAAAAGGACCCCUGGUUACCAGCUUCAAGACAGUAUGUGUGACAGCAGCAGGUGUGUCUGCAGCUUCAGUAGGAUGGCGAACAAACUGGCGAUACAAUCAGGGAUCACGCCUAAGUCUUCCUUACCAUUUAUCCAUUCUCAUGACACUCACACACUGCUGCAUUCCCAGUGUAACCAGACUCAACCUAACUAUGAUACUCUGCAAAUCAUUUAUUCUAAAUAUAGCAUUGCCCCUUUAGUUCAAUCAUUCUUUGUAUUGUACAAUUUAUUAUACCUGACAAUAAACAGAAACAAAAGGGGAAAUGAUCAAA